AUGUCACCAACCAAAAAUUCAACCGACUAUGCUAGUCGAACGCCAGUUCGACAACGGCCCAUGAAGGUCUUAGUUUUAGGGAUGGCACGUACUGGUACAACGUCGCUUGCAGCGGCUUUUAAACAGCUGGGCUUCUGCCCCUACGAUUUCGAGGACCGUGCUCGGCAGGGACAUAUGGACCUGUGGACUGAAGCUCUACGUGCGAAGCACCUAUGCCAGGGAGCCUCGUGGGGGCGGGAGCAAUUCGAUAAUGUCACCGGCAACUUCGACGUAAUCCUCGAUACCCCCUGCUGCUUCUUCGUGGACGAACUGAUUGCAGCAUAUCCGGAUGCCAAGGUAAUCCUCAGUACUCGGGACCCCGACGAGUGGUUAACAUCAAUGCGAAACUCCAUAUUCGCCAUGAUACACUUUCCAUCAUGGCGGGUCCUUCGCCGCAUGGAUCCCCGCGGCUGUGGGCGGUGGCUGGAGCACGUCGAACUGACAUGGCGAAGUUUCUGUUGCCUGGACGGAGAUGAAAAAUGUCGGCAAGCGUUCAUAGACCACAACAACUACGUGUGCAAAGUGGUGCCCAAAGACCGUCUACUUAUAUACGAGGUUCGCGAAGGCUGGAAGCCACUUUGUGAGUUCUUGGGGAUUCCAGAACCCGAUAACCCGUUUCCUUCCUGCAAUACCCCGGGUGAGUUCAUGAAGGUCCAUAGAUAUAUUUGGUGGUUAAUCGUUCAACGGAGCAUCUGGAACGUCCUCAUGGUAACUGCUCCUCUCGGAUUCAUAUUGUACAUCAGUAGUCUGGGACUCAAGUACUUCCUUCCGAAGGAGUGA